AUGACUAAUCCUCCCUCUCUAUUUACACGCACAACUUUUCCUAAUUGGCAUGGUGGUUCGUGUUUGGCUUAUACCCUGGCCUAUGUUCCCGUACAACGACAACCCAUUCCGUUAUCCCAGAUAAACUUCAUGGUGCGCCACCCACCAACACCUUUGAAUAUGCUCAACUUCAACCAACAACGAUGCCCCUUGCUGCUGCCCCCACAACUACUCCCACUAAAAGCCUUGGCCGGAAUGUCGCGAAACGCGAAAUUUCUUUAAAUUAAAAUUUUAUUUUUAAUUCCAUUUUUAUUUUUGUCUCCUUUAUCUAAAUCCAUAAUCUAUACAAUUUUCCCAUACAUUCUUUGUUUUCCUACACAUACACUAAUGUUUGGCCUUACACCUAUAAAAUUGGUUUUGUAUUCUUCCUUAGGGCGCUCAGUUGUCAUUAUUGCUCUUAUUCUUCCUAUUCCUCUUAUAGCUACAUUCUU